UCGUCAAUAUCUUUCUUAGGCCAGCUGACCUUCAAAGAUUUGAUUCAAUAAUUUAUAGCGAUGCAUAUCUGAUUAAAAAAAUCGGGAUUCGAAAAGAAAAGCCUAUCUGUCAUUUUUCAACAGCAGCGACGAGUUUGGGAAGUCCUUUAAAUGGAGUUGACAAAUAAAACCUGUUGGCUUAGAAAAAACUCCCGGCUGAGAACAAAUUAUAAGGCUGUGCAGAUGAGGUAUAUUAAUAGGUUGGCUUGAGUGUCAGUUUUUACUCGUAAAGACGAGGGGCUUAGUGGCGGGUCGCGGGACAACUGACAUUCUCGUUACGCAGUGAUCAUAUAAAAUACAUGCGGUAGGGUUAUACAUUUUAAAUCAUGGACGUGUUGGGAGUCCUCAAUUUGGGCGAUGUUGCCCAAACUUUCUCAAAAAUUGGAAUGUUUCCAGUUUUUGAUCUUGCUUAUUACAUCGUGUCCAUACUCUACCUCAAGUAUGAACCAGGGUCAGUGGAGGUAGCUCGCAAGAGCCCUGUGGCCUCUUGGCUUUGUGCCAUGCUCUAUUGCUUUGCGAGCUACAUCUUAGCAGACGUUUUGCUCGGAGGUUGCCCCCUGGACUAUUUUCAAUACAACAGCCACAUCCUCCUAGCCUCCAUUAUUUGGUACCUCAUCUUUUUUUGUCCACUGAACCUGUUCUACAAAUGUGUGGCUUUCCUGCCUGUAAAGCUUGUGCUGGUAGCCUUAAAGGAGGUUGUCCGUGCUCGUAAAAUUGCAGCCGGCGUGCACCAUGCCCAUCAUGCCUACCAUAAUGGCUUCCUCAUCAUGGUCAUCAUCGGCUACGUCAAAGGGUCAGGAGUAGCUCUCAUUUCCAAUUUUGAGCAACUGCUUCGUGGUGUGUGGAGCCCCGACACCAAUGAAAUCCUCAACAUGUCAUUCCCUACUAAAGCCAGUCUGUAUGGAGCCAUUCUGUUUACACUUCAGGAGGCACACUUACUUCCCGUGUCCAAGAGCACCCUCAUCUGUCUUUUCACUCUGUUCAUGGCUACUACCAAGGUGAUCUUGACCGCCCGCCACUCUCACGGCUCUCCCUUCAUCCUCAUCGAGUCUUGGGUGUGCCACUUGCUCUUUGGCUCCCCUCUUGGAGGUGGUGAGGAGGAGCACCACGCCACCCUUGCCCCAGCCCCUGUCGCCCCCGUCUCACCAGUCAAAACCAAGGAGGAGCUCAGCGAAGGCACCCGCAAAAGGAAGUCCAAGAAAGCCGAGUAGAACACAAACUACCACACCAGUGAAGGGGGGAAAAAGGUCCCCCAUCAAUUAACUGCAUCUGAUUUCCUCUCAUAGUCCAGCCUUCUAUUUAGACAUGAUGGAGUCUCCCAUUCCUUGCUGUGGAAAGGGGCAGUUUGAUGUUUACCAAAUGAGCAAAUGAGUAAAUCUAUUGAAGCAAAUGGUGCUUUCUAUGACAUAUUACACAGUAUGGGGAUUCUGUAAAUAGCUCACCGAAGUCAAGUCAAACACUUAAAUCUUCCUUCCUUCCAGCCAGUACAUACAGUAUAAACAUAUUUAUUUCCGUAUUUAUUUUUCAUCUGUGACUAUCUCUAACUGUGUGCAACAGCACGAGGUGAACAGUGAACUGCAAGUUACUUGAUUGUUUUAGGAUGGCCUUUGUUACAGGUACUUCUUGCCGUAAGCUAUCAAUGGGUUUUUGGUUUAAACCCUGUCAGACCUAUUUCAUUAAUGUAAAGAAAUUGGAUCAAAAGCACAAUCUGACCCUAUAUCAGACAACAGAAUGAAUCAAACAAUACAACAGAAUAUGAAGUAAGUAAUAUAAUGUGAAGAAUACAUGGCUGCUUUUUACAAAGUAAACAAGUGAAAUGCAUGUCCUUUAUAAAUAAAGGCAAGUGAAAAUUCUUACGUGGUGACAUUUUGAUUUAUUUGUAUAGUAAAUGACAUUGUUAUAUGUUGUUAACGGUUACCAUAUAAACAGAAAGUAUGUGUCA